GGCCAGCGGAGCGCGUGACAGAUCAGCGCCGCUAAAGCAGCCCCCCGUGGGUUCAGGGUUUGCCCCUCCUGAAGAGCACCAAUCUGAGAUGGGUACAUGGAGGGGGCGGGAAGGAUAGUUUGAGAAGGGCUGAGCUUUUUGCGAGAAGACGCCAAUUUCGCUUUUAUUUUACCGCUGACAAAAAGAAGGGUGAAAAACGGAAAGAAAUCCCAAAAGGCAGCAGAGAAACAUCAGCCGGACCACGCGUCAGAACCUCAUUAACUCCAAAUACUGCAAGGGGAGAAAACAAGAAGAAACAGCAGGAAGACAAGCCUUAUUUUCAAGAGGGGUCCUCUGUUUAAAUUGAUAUGGCUGCUGCAUUUGGGAAGCCUGAAGCCCUGCACUUGGCCUUGUGGAUCUUCUUUCUAUGCCUCAGCAACAUUUCUCAAGCCAGUGCCCAAGUUGGACACAGAGAGCCGCUGCCUGAUGACAGUAAUAAUAUCACAAUUUUCACCCGCAUCUUAGACAGACUGUUGGAUGGAUAUGACAACAGACUACGUCCAGGGCUGGGAGAGAGUGUGACUGAAGUGAGGACAAACAUUUAUGUGACAAGUUUUGGGCCUGUGUCAGACACGGAUAUGGAGUACACCAUCGAUGUAUUUUUCCGCCAGAGUUGGAGGGAUGAGAGACUGAAAUUUGACGGGCCUAUGCAGGUGUUACCACUCAACAACCUCUUGGCUAGUAAGAUCUGGACGCCUGACACAUUUUUUCACAACGGAAAGAAAUCCGUGGCUCACAACAUGACAACUCCAAACAAACUUCUCCGAUUAGUUGACAACGGCACUCUUCUCUACACUAUGAGGUUGACCAUUCAUGCUGAAUGCCCCAUGCACCUGGAGGAUUUCCCCAUGGACGCGCAUGCCUGUCCCCUGAAAUUUGGAAGCUAUGCAUAUACCAACAAUGAGGUGAUUUAUCUCUGGACUCAGGAAGAUGAGCGGUCCGUUUCAGUAGCUGAGGAUGGUUCCAGGCUCAACCAGUAUGACCUACUGGGGCACGUUAUUGGCAAAGAAACCAUAAGUUCCAGUACAGGGGAAUAUGUAGUGAUGACAACAUAUUUCCAUUUGAAAAGGAAAAUUGGAUAUUUUGUGAUUCAAACCUAUCUUCCCUGCAUCAUGACAGUCAUACUGUCACAGGUGUCCUUCUGGUUAAACAGAGAAUCAGUUCCCGCACGAACCGUAUUUGGGGUCACCACUGUCCUCACCAUGACGACCCUAAGCAUCAGUGCCCGCAACUCCCUCCCCAAGGUUGCCUAUGCUACAGCCAUGGACUGGUUCAUGGCAGUGUGCUAUGCCUUUGUCUUCUCUGCAUUGAUUGAGUUUGCUACAGUCAACUACUUCACCAAGCGCAGCUGGGCCUGGGAUGGGAAAAAAGAGGGCAUGGAAGUCAGGGAACCGUUUCAGGCUAACAUGGCCAGGAUUAACGAUAUGAGAAGAGAAUCUGCAACUCUCUCCAAAAAGGCGAACAACACUUUCAACAUUGUUGGAACAACCUACGCCAUCAACGUAGCAAAGGACCAAGGUUUAACAACCAUUUCUAAGAGUGCCGGCACGGGGGCGUCAGCCAAACAUUCCUAUCUUCAUAAAAUGGAUGAUCCCUACACAGAAGCCAAGAAGUCUUACAACCGAGUCAGCAAAGUGGACAAGAUAUCACGCAUCAUUUUCCCUAUCCUUUUCUUCAUCUUCAACUUGGGCUACUGGGCCACAUAUGUCAAUAGAAAGCCUGCCAUCAUAGAGGCAAAUAACCUCAAUUGAAUUUGAUCAAAAGUCAGUCCUAAGCUGGUUUAACAAAGAAGGAUAGACAGGUUUGCUGGCAUCCGUAAAAACAUCCAUUCGUGUGUGUGCCUUUGCGUGUGGCAUGUGUCAAUACAGUGGUACCUUGACUUUCAACUGUAAUUGCGGAUAUGAGUAUUUAACCAGCCGACGUCCAAUCCAUUCCAAAUUAAUUUGUCAAUAGUAGACGUCUAGCACCGUCAAUUGCAGCGAUUGAAACAGUUCACGUUUUAUGAUUCUUUUAUACACUGCUAUUUUUCUUUCUUGAAAACACAUGAUAAAAAGUGUGUUUUGUGGACUGUGUCAAGAUUUAAUGACGUUGCCAUUUAUUUCAGUCGGUGAAAUCGAUUUAUAGGAGUAAAUUGAGUUAUAUGCUUGGUCAUAGUCAAGGUACUAUUGUUCCUGCACAUAAUUUAGUAUUAGUUUUGCACCGAUACCAGUAUGAGCAGCGAUACAGCACUAAAAUGACGUCAUAGGUAUCGGAGAGUACCAAGUAAUAACGUGCAGAUGCUGUGCAAUAUGUACUUUUCCGGAUCU